AUGAAUACCAACUAUCAGCCAGUAAAAACUCGCCCGCCCACUCUCCAGCGAAAAAUUGCUCCCACACCGCCGCCGUCCCUCACCGGUCAGAAGUUCUGCGUCUGCAAGGCCACUUUCGACCAAGAAACGCAAUACGGCGACAUCCAGUGCGAACUCUGCCAACAGCCAUUCCAUGCCACCUGCGUCGGCGCGGUUCUUACAGAACUGUUCACCUGUAGUCCCUGCCACCAGAAACACAACUCCGCGCGCUCAACUUGCAUCUGCCACAGCUACGAUGGAAAGAACGGCCUCGUCACGACCAGUGGCCCUCGAGAGCUCAACUGGUGCUCUUGUGAUGUCUGCCAAACAUGGUUCCAUGAAAACUGCGUUUCAAAAGAGGAUACCUUCAUGAGAAUGCAGAACAACGAAAUCAGUUACAUGUGUUCGAAAUGCUCCAACGCGGAUCUCGAAAUUGUCAACGGCCAAAUGACGAUUUCGAAGCUCCAACUCACCGAGCAGAUUUACUCCAAGUUCAAAAACUCUCGUCACUCCUGGCCUCUCAAACGCAAAGAUCUCGUCGGUCGAACUGAAAAUAAUUUGGGUUCGAUCGAGUCCAAGCUGAAGCAAAAACUGUACAAAACAUUUAAACAAUUCAUGGACGACGUUUAUUUCACGAUAAACGUCUUCCGGGAGUACUAUGCCGAAAAUAGUAAUCCAGAGGCCACUUAUUCAAGCAACAAGAAAGAGAUUAAAUGCUGCGAAAUCAUGGAGUACGACUUCUCUAAUUUGAUUCGAGAGUUCAUCGCAAAAGAACGCAACAAAGCCGCCUUCGUCAUCUUGCCCGACCGCCACGCCAAAAUCGAGGAGAACGAGCGCGCCAUCAACGCUGGAAGAUUGAUGUCGGCCCUUGAGGUAAUUUUGCGACUGAGACCGAGUAAGAGUGAGGCUGUGGGACUUUAUAAAAAAGACUCGAGAACUGUGGUACUGAAAAAUAAAAGCGGCAAUCAGGAAGAGUACAAGUUCGAGCGAGUGUACGACGGCUGCGAUAACCAGGAACUCAUCUACGCCGAAAAUGUCGCUCACUUGAUUAACAGGGUGCUUGACGGCGUAAAUGUGUCGGUCCUCGCUUACGGACCGACUGGAACUGGGAAAACGUACACGAUUGAGGGCGAGAAUUCUACCGGGAAUGCUGGGAUCAUCCCAAGAGCAGCGCUGGAGCUCUGCAAGAAAAUCCGCCAAAGAGCGAGUGAUGAGACGCAGCUCUUGAGCAUUUCGUGCAUGGAAGUGUACAAUGAGAAGAUCAUCGACUUGUUAAAUGAAGAUGCGAAGCCUGAUUUAAGACUUUUCGAGGAUCCUGACAAGCUCAUGGAAGUCGAAGGCUUGACCAAAUUGCCACUUAAAAGUUUCCAGGACUUUAAAGAUGUCUUCACGCUUGCGAAGAAAAGACGCACCGUCGGGGCGACGGCAUUGAACGAGAAGUCCAGUCGUUCGCAUGCAGUUUGGAGGUUCCGAGUCAACCGAAAAAUCGGAACAGGCCCAGAUGCGAUCGAUAGAGAAGCAAAGAUCGACUUUGUCGAUUUAGCCGGCUCAGAGGACAACAGAAGAACUCAAUCGACGAAUACGUCAGUAGCGUUCAAAGAAUCUACGAAGAUCAACUUGUCACUGACUGUUCUCAAGCGAGUAAUCAAAGCUGUGGCCGCAAAGAGUAAAAACGUUCCAAUCAGAGAUUCAAAACUAACGAGAUUGCUCAAAGAUGCCUUUGGAGGAAACGCUCAUAGCGUGCUGAUUCUUAAUGUCGGACCGGAAGAGGAAAACCUGCGAGACUCUGCUGCUUCUCUUGAUUUCUCAACAGUAGCGAAGCAGAUCGUCAGCACGCCCUUCGAAGGACUCUCAGCAAUGGUCACGCCGAAGAAAUCUUCUAGAAUGCCGCUUGAAGAAAACAAAACGCCGACAUCGCCAUUUGCCGGACGAACGCGACAAAUGAAUGACUCUAUCGAGCGUAUCCGCAAACAAGUUCUGGUCAUGAAAGAGGAAAACAGGCAAAAAGCUGCAGAGCAACGAAAUCUUCUAAAAGAGAUGAAAGCUGCUGAGAAAGAGAACGAUGCCAAACUGGCUCGAGCUGCUCAAGAGCAAUCGCCUGCUGAGCCUGCUCCUAAGGUCGUAAAGCAAACUCCCAAGUUCCAAGAACUCAUUGACUAUCUGAACGCAGGCGACAACCUGGUGCUCCUCGAAGGCGUCGGGCCCAAGAUAGCACAGAAGAUUCGCGAGUGCCGACCCAUCAAAGACUACAAACACUUUGAAGAAAUCUUCGGAAAGACUCGAGCAAAGAAGGCAGCAAUCUGCUUCAAGCCGCAAAUUUGA